UUGUUGUGUUUACAAAACAGUAUUUAUAUAUCUGGAUAAAGUAUUUUAUAAAACAUAUUUUUCAUAACAUUUGAAUACAUCUACAUUAAAUUUAUGUCAACAAGUUUUCUACUCUAGUGUUAAACACAAUCUGUAAAGGAGAAAAUACAUAUUUAUAUUAAAAAUCAAGAUAAUCCAACAAGCUUAUCACGAAAUUUACUUCUGUCAAUCCUAGUCUAGGUUCUAGUAAAAUGAGUCUCUUAUAUUAAAGAUCGAUUUGAGAUUAUGAAUUAAAAAUUUUGUUCUAUGUAAAUUUCCCUCUCAACUUUAGAUUUAGUAAUGAAUAAGUAUUCAGAGAUCAUAGUUACAUUAAGGAUUCUAAAAAACGUGCAACCAUAUUUAUCGAAAAUCUGUCAAUUAUAUUUAAUUAAUUUCAUGCAUAACAAGGGAUUACGCAAUCACGCUUUUGAAGAUUUGUGAAGAUAAUCAUUUCUUAAUUUGAAAUAAAAAGAAACAUAAAAUAGAUAUGAGUCUUGCUGAAGAAGUAAAGUGGGAUAAAAAUCAUGAAAAAAAGCUUUUAGAUUUAUGGAAAGAAAAUGUACAGGCCAUGCAAGACAAACAAACUUGUUAUGCAGUUUAUGAAAAAAUUGCAAAAAUUCUAGAAGGGUCUGGUUUUGAAGCAAGCUGGAAGGAUGUAGAAACCAAAAUAGAAAACUGGACGGAGAGAUACAGAUAUGAGCAGAAAAUGUUCGAAGGAGACUAUUCGACGUGGGAAUAUUACCAUAUAAUCAAUCUUAUACAGAAGUCCGUGGAAUCGGGUGAUCAGAAUGUGAUUCAUAAAUCGGAUGAUGCUUUUGUAAACGAGGGCGCUGUAGAAGAUUCCAACCGAGAUGAUGAUUGUUUGGAUCGAUGUGGGGAACUCUGCUGGCACCUUUUUUGCUUCUGGGACUUUAAUCGGGUUUGCGAAGUUUUUGGAUUAUGUUGUUUCUUUUGUAUUAAGUAAAGUUUUAAAUUCAAGUUUUUUUUUAAACAUUGAGAUGCAAAAAUAUACAUAUUGAUAUA